GCUCCUCCCCGGCCGCGGCGCCCCGGCCCGGCCGCCCCCGGCGCCGCGUUAUGGCGCUGCGGGCGCUCUGGGUGCUGCGGCACGAGCCGCGGGCCGUGCUGUUCUCCAGGCGUUACCCCACCGUUGAGGCACGCGCGGAGGCCUUCAAUGGAUCAACACACGUGGCUGUGCCGUCUGACAGCGAUUUCCUCAAGGCCUUGCUUUUUGAGCUCAGGCUCACAGAGGACCAGAGCUUUGUGGAGCACCGAGAUACGAGCACUCGAAUCGAUCACUCCUCGGUGCGCUCGGUUCGCGUCGAGGGAGGGGACCUGUGGCCCGUGGUGGCUUUCCAGAAGAGCGGGCUGAUCUACGCUUGCCUGCCGCUGGUUGAGGAAGCCUUGGAGCCUCGGCCACCCCUCCUCACCAUCCCUGGGCUCUCGCAAGGACUCGCUCUUCUGUUUGGCAUCCUGGACUACAUUUCUCCCAGUCGGAAAAAUGAAGCGGAGUUGAGUGCAAAAGCAGGCCAGCUUCACACUUUGAUCAUACAGGCAUGUCCGCUUGGCACCCCCUUAAACACAAACAUCAGCAGCUUGAGCAGCUCGUUUGAUGACAUUCAGGUUGUUCCCGCAGACGUGAAGCAACCAGCCUGGAGAUCCAACACAUAUAAAGGCAAACCUCAGGUCAACGUCUGCAUCACUGAAAAAGUCAAAUGUAUGCAGUAUGACAAGAGAGAUGUUGUGGACAUGUGGCAGGUGUACGGAGCUGUGAAUUGCAAGUGUGAUAUAGAGGGAGCUGCACCAAAUGUAACCCUCACUUUGAAUCUCCCAACUAAUGGCUCUCCACUCCAAGAUAUCUUCGUCCACCAUUGCGUGACAUCCAUUGACCCUGCCAUGCUCAUGUCCAGCAGUGUUAAUCCACUGGAUGAUUCUGUGUACAGUGGGCCUUACAAAUUUCCUUUCAUUCCUCCUUCAGAGUCAUUCAACUUGUGUUACUACACUUCCCAGGUGCCGGUUCCACCAAUUUUGGGAUGUUAUCAACUCACUGAAGAGGGAUCACAGUUAAAAAUAACAGUAAAUUUGAAGCUUCAUGAAAGCAUAAAGAAUUCUUUUGAGUACUGUGAAGCUCGUAUACCCUUUUUCAACAGGGGCCCAAUUGCUCAUUUGGAGUACAAAGUUAGUUAUGGCCAACUGGAUUUGUCACGAGAGAAGAGCCUCCUGGUUUGGGUCAUUGGACAGAAGUUCCCUAAAUCUUCAGAAGUUUCUCUUACUGGAACUGUGACUUUUGGUGACAUAGGUGAAGAGCACCCAACUGAUUAUGUUUGCACUGGCAACACAGCUUAUGUAAAAAUGUAUUUUAGGAUCCCAGACUUCACACUUACUGGGUGUUAUGUGGACCAGCAUUCUGUUCAGAUCUUUGCACCAGGAAAACCCAAAAUCACUGCAUCCCGGGAACUGAUUUCAUCAGAUUAUUACAUCUGGAAUUCCGAAGCAUCAGCACCUACCAUGUACAAAAGCUUAUAUUACUGAUGUGACUGUGAUUGAUUUUUGUAUUUAAACAAAAUAGCAAAUGGAAGCAGUGCCACAAUACUGUGAAAAUAAAUUUGUUCCUGCACUUGUGUGUUUGUUUAAAAAUGGCAAAUAAGUCGUUUCACUUAAAUAUAUAUGUUGGUUUAAAAUUGUUUAGUUCUGGAUAACAGCUUAGGGAAGAUAAUUUGAAAUAAAUAGUUUUUUUUUCUGGC